CGGGAAACUGGUUUCGGUAGACUCGUGAUUAUGCAUCGGAUUAAGCAUCCUUCGUGUUUACUUCUUUCAAUGCCGCGGUCAGAGCCGAAUGUGUUUUAAAAAACCUGUGGCUUAGAGGUAAACACUCGUAAGUCCAAUUUUUCCCAAUGCAAAGUUUACGUGUUACUAUUUAAGUAGAAUCGGUUUAAUGUAGAUUAUUUGGCCUUUUUUUUAUAGCAAAUCUUAAACAGUAUUAUUAAAAGACAGCUUGCUUUACAUUACAGCUUGUUUUUGAAAAGCUCGGCAUUUGGUAGGUUUGACUUAGGUUAGAUCUGUUCUAAUAAUUAUGAGCAUAAAAUUUUGAAACAGUAAUGUAUUUAUAUGUUCCCUGAGCAAUGUUCAAACGUUUGUUCAUAAAAUAUAUAUUUGGUUUUAAAUGCAUAAUUUGUACUCCUAUAUAAGAUUAUCUACUAUAUAUUUGAAAUUCUGAUUGGACUUAUGAAUAUUCACCUCAGCUGCAGCAAUGCAGUCUACCGCGGAUCUAGUGACGGAUUCUGUGGAGGAUCUGAAGCAGAAUGGCGAGAAAAAAGCGGAAAAAACGUUUCGUCAAAUGAGUGUGAAAGAAAAGUUGAGGUAUACGCGUGAAGUGAUUACCGUCGAGCCCUUGUUUGCGGCGUAUGUGAUGGCGGCGUUCUUGUGUAAGCCAGCUUUGCGGUAUCUGGAGUUUGAGAAGUCGUGCAGAGUAAACCUGAACCUAGACGAUCCUACGUGCGAUGCUAUCCUUCUCAGCGAACACGAUAACUACACGGAACAGAACAACCAGAUUCUCUAUCUCAUCAGCAACAUGUACUCCUGGCAGCUGCCUCUAACUGUUGCGGCCCCUUUAGUGCUCGUUCUCUUUCUGGGCUCGUAUAGCGACAGAAGGCAAUGGAGGAAGCCGUUUCUGUUGCUACCGAUUUUCGGAGAAUUCUUCGGAGUGUUUGGCUGUAUUUUGUGUGUCGUGUUCAUGAAGUCGUUGCCAUUGGAGGCUCAAGGAGUGUUUCAGACCGUGAUUCCAUCACUUUUCGGUGGUCAAACAAUGCUGGUGAUGGCAGUGUACUCCUACAUUGCGGAUGUCAGUACAGUAGAAAUGCGUACUUUGAGAAUAGGAGUCAUGCAGAUUGUACUGAAUUUCAUCACCCCAGUCACCCAGUCGUUCUCAGCACAUCUGUUCAAUUUGACAGGGUACUAUGGCGUUCUUCUGGUGGCAGGCGGACUAUACCUUUUCGGCUUCCUCUACGGACUCUUCUUCAUAAAGGAGCCAAGAAAAAUCAAAGCGGCGAAGAAAAGUUUUUGUGCCGAUGUUUUCGAUCCCGCGCACGCCAUCGAAACGUUCAACUUGGUUUUGAAAAAGAAAGAAGGGAACAAGCGGAUUUACAUAUGGAUAGUACUGGUGACGCUGCUGUUCUAUAAUAUUGUAAACGUGGGCGAGGGCAGUGUUUUCUAUUUGUACGCUCAGAGUAAUUUCAAAUGGACCCCUUUAGAAAUGGCGUAUUUUGAGACGCUGAAUACAGUCGUUCAUCUCAUUGGUACUGCAGCAGGUGUUCCAAUAUUCGCUUACUUCAAACUGAGCGAUCUGACGAUAUUGCUGUUGACCUUUUUGAACAAAAUAUUGACGAAUUUAUUUUUUGGCUUUGCAAACACUGACGCACUGCUUUACACAGCAACAAUAAUCAGUAUAGUAGUUGGUAUCACACCUAUAGGAAUGCGAUCCUUAGCAACCAAAAUAGUAUCAGAAAAUGACCUAGGGAAAGCACAAUCACUGUUUGGAAUAUGCGAAGCAAUAGGAGUUGCUUUAUCUUCACCUAUUUACAAUAAAGGGAUUUUCAAUAAUACAGCUACCGAUUUUCCCGCUGCGUUUUUCUUUUUUGGAAUCCUGUUAUAUGGCAUUUGCUGUGUCUUGUUUGUUUGGAUGUACAUAAGAGAAAAGGCCAAAAAGAAAAGAAAAUCCGCCGCCGAAAAGGACAAGGAACUGCCUAUGGACAGUUAUAUACAAACAACUCACAUGUAAGCAUUCGUGAAUCGUGAUACCAUUACUGAUAAGUUUUGUACAUAUUGUCAUUUUUGAAUAAAUACCGUUUUAUAAUUUUC